AAUCUCCUCUCACCUUUUGAUACAACUCUCAAUGACAUCAAGUUGACAUUCUUCGCAAAAGAGCUGCCGCUAUUCUAUGAUAUGUAAACUGUGAUUAUUCUAACAGCACAUUCAGGCAGUGGGAGCCAAUUUACAAUUCCACUCACUAACAUGGAUCGUUUCUGGUCUGCUCCUCCUGUCACGAGGACACUUACUGCUCUGACAUUUGCUCAAUCAGCUCUGGUUUAUGGUGGCCUGCUGAGCGGCUAUUAUGUUGUGUUCAUUCCGAGGCUGCUUUUUAGGCUUCCGCCUCAAUUAUGGAGAUUGUUUUCACCUUUCCUUCUGACAGGAUCGGGUCUUUCCUUCAUAUUUGAUCUUUACUUUAUGUAUACCUAUGGCAGCGCACUUGAGACAGGCUCACCCCGUUUCAGUUCGCCUGGUGACUUCUUCACCUACGUUUUAUUCGUAGCCUUUGUUAUCAUGGUCACCGCAGGUUACUUCUUAAGUGGCGUAAUCUUCACCUCGGCUCUGAUCCUAGCAUUUGUCUAUACCUUUGCACAGGACAAUCGGGGGAAAAGAGCAACCUUUAUUAUCAUCCAGAUACCCAUCGAAUACUUACCCUGGGCGAUGCUCGUGCUCACUCUGGUCAUGGCCGGGUGGCCCGCUGCAUUGAGCGAGGGCAUGGGAAUCAUCGCUGCCCACUUGUAUGAUUUCCUCACACGUCUUUAUCCGACCUUCGGUGGAGGAAGAAACUACCUCACCACGCCAGCUUUCGUAAGGAGGUUUUUUGCCGCCUACGCCCCUAGAGGGGAAUAUCGGGCCUAUGGAACAGCCUAUCGGCCAGCGGGCCAAAACCCCCUUCCUCGUCAAGUGGCUGGGCUUCAUCCUUUCAGAGCUCAUGGGGUGGAAGAGGGCCGGGGCGGAGACUUGGUGGUAGCUAAUCUGUCUGAAAACAGGUCCUAGAGUCCGAGGCUCUACUGUUUACUUCCUAUCUUUGUCUUUGCUGAUGCAGUCGAUACUGCCAUAGUACUAUGCCUGGCAGCUUCCUUAUUUUAACAAGUGUCACCGCUUUAUCCUUCAGAUCAAGAAGUGUCAUAUCAUCCAUAAUCCAG